AUGGCUUACGAAUUUACUUUGUAUGUGUGCAGAACUUGUUCAAAAGCUUUUUCGGACAAGGCAACUUAUUAUCUGGAGGGUGCCUGGAAAAACUUUCGUGUCCAAAAGUUGGCUUUUCUGCACGAGGAGUCGGCACUGAAGGUUGUACAUAGAGACAUUAAAGCUACAAAUAUAUUGCUAGACCCAGACCUCAACACAAAGAUCUCUGACUUUGGUUUGGCCAAGCUUGACGAAGAGGAGAACACUCACAUUAGCACCAGAGUUGCUGGAACCAUAGGAUACAUGGCUCCAGAAUAUGCAUUAUGGGGUUAUUUAACAUAUAAAGCAGAUGUUUACAGUUUUGGCGUAGUUGCAUUAGAAAUUGUUGCUGGAAAGAACAACAUGAAGUAUCGACCAAAUGAGAACUUCGUAUGCCUUGUGGAUUGGGCUCUUGUUUUACAACAAAGGGGGAACUUAAUAGAGCUAGUGGAUCCAAGGUUGGGGUCGGAUAUUGAAGUGGAAGAGGCGCUUACAAUGGUCAAGGUAGCUCUCUUAUGCAUCAAUCCAGCACCAGCUCUCAGGCCGACCAUGUCUGCAGUAGUGAGCAUGCUUGAAGGACGGACACUUGUUCGUGAAUCAGUCAUGAACCCAAAUAUUUACGGCGAUGAACUGAAGUUAUCAACCUUGAGAAACCCGUUUGAUCCGACUGCAAAGGGGGGUACAAGUGGAACUCAAAGCCUUGUUGGUUCAUCAGAUGCAACAUGUAUUAAUUCUUCUGCUACUACGUCCUCAGUUCUCUACAAAAUUGGUCCUAGUAGUAGUACAUCUACUUAGUAAUUAACGUAAACCUUGUUAUGCGCUCAAGUAUGCAAAUUCUCGUGUCAUGAUAAGUAGUACAUUCAGUUUCCAAUAUCAAAGCUUCAGCUUGGUACUUUUGAUUACAACUUUGGGUGCAAGAAUAAACACUCUUAACCAAUUGA